ACUGAGUAUGUCGUGGUAACUACCAGUAGUUCGGUCCCAGAUAUUCCAACUACUACCAUCCCAGGAACUUCUCCAACAACCUACCUUACCACCAUUACUACUGGAUCUAUUCCAGUAACCGAAUACGUCGUGGUCACCACUAGUGUGCCAGAUAUUCCUACCACUACUAUUCCAGGAACCUCACCAACUACUUAUUUGACCACCAUCACCACUGGUUCUGUUCCAGUAACCGAAUACGUCGUGGUCACAACAAGUAUUCCAGAUAUUCCAACCACCACCAUCCCAGGUUUAUACCCUACCACUUACUUAACUACUAUUACCACUGGCUCAGUUCCUGUCACUGAAUUCGUGGUAGUCACUCCACUCCCAAGUUCUUGGUCCAAUACCAGUUAUCCUCCUCCAACUGAAAAGAUUGACACCACUUUCACCACAUCAACUUUAACUCCACCAUCUGGCCCAAUAACCACGACCGAAACCAGUACUACAGUUGUAACCCUUCCAUGCGAGGCAUGCCCAGGAGGAUUCUCAACCAAAACUCAAACAAACAUCAUCACCACUACUCUUCCAUGUAAAGACUGUGGUGAAGGUAACGACAGUGGUUCAAACGGAGAUGGUCCUCACGGAGAUGGUGCUGGAAACACACCUAACACACCUGCUCCUGGGUCUGUUGUUACAACAUCAGGUUUUGAAAACUCUGGUUCUACUUCCCCAAGUGCACCAACCCCAGUGAACACUUAUGAAGCUUUUGAAGGUGGAGCUUCUUCCAAAGCUGUCACCUCUUUCUUGAUCAUGCUUACCAGUUUCUUAUGGUUUGCUUGA